AUAUCUCAAUUAAAAAGGAAAUUUCAGCGCCCCUGCUGUAUACAACUCCACGUGAGGACUUCCGGGCUUCAGAUCUGGAAGGGUCCCUGAGGGGCCAGGACCGUGACAGGCCCUGGCCAUUGGCCCCAGCCCCCGCUCCUCCCUCCUAAGUCAGCAGCUGAUUUGCAUGCCCUGUUGUGGUCCAGCGGCCUCCCCAGCCUGCUGCCUCCAAGCACCUGGAGCAGAACUCAGCAGAAAGACGCCCCACCUGCCGCCUUGCCUCUGGCCAUGGCCUGUCGGUACCUGGCUCUCUUUCUGACCGGGGCCUUCUUGGCAGUCUCCCAGCCAGUCCUGACCCAGCCGGAUGCACUGCUGGUCUUCCCCGGCCAAGUGGCUCAGCUGUCCUGCACGCUCAGCCCCCAGCACGCGUCCAUCUGGGACUACGGCGUGUCCUGGUACCAGCAGAGGGCGGGCAGUGCCCCCCGCUACCUCCUCUACUACCGCUCGGAGGAGGACCACCACCGCCCUGAGGACGUUCCAGACCGAUUCUCGGCCUCGAAGGACGCGGCCCACAACGCCUGCAUCCUCACCAUCAACCCGGUGCAACCUGAGGAUGAUGCAGACUACUACUGCUCUGUGGGCUACACCUCUGAUCUCUAGAGAGGGGUGGGGGGUGGGACAAGUGCCUCCCCACUGCCCUCCCACCCUGGCUUCUGCUCCCGACUUGGGCCCCUCACUACCUUGUUUUCCCUCCUCUGUAAAAUGGAUUCCAACCAUUCCACAUUCAACAACAGCGAUUGUUGAAGGCUAUGUGGUCCUGGCUGAAAAAGCGACUGUGGUCCGUCCAUCUGGGAAUGUGAGGGUGGGGUCUCCUCUUGCUGUCAAAGAGGAAGCACCUGAGACCCUUGGGGUGUGGCCCAGCCUUCCCCCACAUCCCCGGGGUGGGGGGAUGUCUCAGACUGGUGGUUUGCACUUCCUGUAACCCGGGAGCCUGAGGGAGAGAAGAAGGAACUAGGUGGUGUAGCUCCUGGCUCUGCAUGGUUGGUUGUGGUCCAACGCUCUGGUCUGGGGCAGCUGGUCCCCAGGGAGCCCAGGCUACUGGGCUUGGGGAGGGGUAGCCCCUGCCUAUCCUUCCGCGUCUUUACUCAAGACCCUCAUGUGUGUUUGAU